AUGGCGCCUAGGUAUGACUUGAACAAUCAUGCUGUGGCUCAGGCAGAACUAGGGAAGGCAUCCUCUACGACGUAUCGGAACCGCGAAGAAGGCGAGGUCACGUACAUUCCGCCAAUAUCAGUUACCACAGAUUCCGAACUGGUGAACCGCGCAAUCGAAUCGCAAAGGGGCGAAAUAGCUUCAUCUGCUUCCGCCAUCGAUCCGCAGACGCUCAGGACGGUCACUCAGCUACGUGUUCAAGCGCAAGGAGCUCUUCUUAGUCUCCUUCCGUAUGGUAUCUCAUAUCACGAGCUAGUUGCAGAGGGUGUAGAUUCAAGGGUUCUGAGGUCACUUUACGAGGAUGUGGGCGUCAAGAUCCCAAGCCCUCCGCCUGAAAAGUCAACGGACCCAGAGUCAUUCAAGUCGGAGUCGAAAUCGAAUCCCGCAGGAUCGGCGUCUCAAGUCAGCGAGCAGCAGAAACCUGUUCCAGGAUCUAAUGCAAACACUCAGCCACCUGUGUCUGCUACCUCGGAAACUGCAGCACAGAAACCCCUGGAGCGGAAAGAACUCAUUGCUAGAAUGCUUGCAGAGAAGGCUGCUAAGAAAUCAGAACCUUCAACUACUCAGUCAUCACCGAAGGGUUCUCAAGCGGCCACUCCUGCGCCUCUCCCAAAAAAGCCUGCUGCUGUCCCUGUGAGACCAAAAAAUAAGGCCCAAACAGAUCUCGCGCGGCAGCGCAUCGAGGAACUCAAACGUCAAGCUCUCCUGAAAAGUAAAUUAAAGGCUCAACCGAUCACCAAUUCCAAUGUUGAACCAGAAAAUAAAUCUCUAGAGAGCGUUGCUGAUUCCAAGCCUGUUUUGCAUCCUCUUCCUGUUCGUCCUCCGGCUCCUCAGCUUCUGGAAGGCGCCACCAUCCCCGGCCUAUCCAUGGCGGGCUCUCAGGCAGAAAAACGAACCCCUGAGCAGUUACCCUCGGAGUCUCAAGGCGUCCGCGUCGAGCCAGCUCCUGUUGCCCGUGCAAGCCAGCGAAAGCGACCCCGUGCCUCGGAUUUUGAUGAACCAGAAUGGGGUUACAAAAAGCUUUCAAAUCAAGAAGUGAAUCAAUUAGGCCUCGCAGAUCGACUUGUCAUUGACAUAAGCGAGGAUGACGAUGAAGAAGGGGAUGGGAAAGGGAAUGACGACGACUCCAUCUACGGCGAUAAUCAGGAUGCAAUGGAUGUAGACUCGUUCCCAGCCGGUCAUUCUGAAACUGUGGUUACCUCGAGCAAUUCUCGACCGACCCUUCAGAAAUAUCCAUCUGGUGGCAGAACUUCUACAUCAACACCUCAAGGGUCCUCGCGCCCAAGUGACAGUGAGCACAUUCGGCAGCGGGACUUGGAGAUCCAGAAUAUGUACCGCAGAAUAGAAGAACUCGAGCAAAAGCGCAAAGCAAAGCUUGCUGCUAGUCAAAUUGAUUCAGCCCAGGUCACAGACGGAACCCCUGAUGGCUCCUGUGCUUCGUCGGGGUCCUCUGCCAUGCAACUAAGCCCGGUUGAUGGGCAUGCAACGGGAAAUUCGGAGCCUGCGUCCACCGCAGUACCAAUGCCCGCUACUGGUACCUUGGAUGAAACAUGUGCACAAGAUAAAGCCCAGGUCUCAAACCCUACGAAUGAAGAUGUCCAAGCCACCGAUGCCCCAGGUAUUGGAUCAGGCCCUCAGUCCUCAGAUUCCUCGUCAUCAUCUUCUUCAGGCUCUACAGGAGGCUCCAUGGAGGAGACACAGGAGAUUUUGAGCUCUAGUGAAGACACAACAAGUGAUGAGGAUGAUUCUCUCUCGGACUCAUCUGGAAGCUCGACCGGUCCACAAACGAACGGAGGCCUGGUUGAAGUACGGCAGUCAAAUGAGGCAACUGCUGAGCCCUUGGCAGAAGUGAGCAUGGAUCAGACGUCCGAUCAGCUGGAAGAACCCUCCCCCAUUUCUCAGGCGGCAUCGGAGUCUCCCAUCAAUACUGCAAGUGCCGUUGCUACUAUGGUCCCAAAUCCUAGUACAUCAGUACAAAGCAACGUGGAGCUGGCUGGGCACCCACUUCCAGCGCGUCCACCGGUAUCCGUUUCCACAGGAGACAUGAUGGAGAUUGAAGGCCCAGCAGGCCCUAAUAAACAGUUUCAUCGUGAAUCUUCUGAGGUAUCCCAGGCAUACGAGCCUCCCGAGCCUCCCGAGCCCCCGAUCCCGCAAGACGCCGAAGAUUCGGCUUACAGUCCUCCUUUCAGUCCUGCACCUCCCGCCUCUGUAGAAGUCCCGGCCCAGCCUGACGCCAAAUCGACGGCCAUGCCACCUGUACCUUCGGCUCACGAAGUCCCAACCAAUGCCCGCCAACCCACCUCUUACGACUCCCGCCAUGAUCCUCAGGUGAUACUUGGUGUACGAAACAGCUCCCCCAUGUUGAGAGUUGAGUCUUCGCAAAGACUAACUGCCUCUCAGAACGAAGCUUCGUCCAAAUCCGUAGGCUCGGGCUUUACACCUUACGUGAGCCCUUUACGCUACUUCAAGGCUUACCGCUAUCACCCCGGAUUUGCUGAAGACGUUCCGGACGGCUACCGUUCGCUAACUUACAGCCAUGAUAUUGACCCGAUGAAAUAUCUUUGCCCUUACGAAGCAACUGGUGGUGUGUGCAAUGACCGAUCUUGCAAAAACCAGCAUUUUCGAGAUAUGACUCUAAGUGGUGCGUCGAGAAGUUAA